AUGCCGAAACAUCACUUUCACGUUGCUCUCAUAUAUCUGCUUCUUGAGCUAUGGCAAGUGCAUAUCGCAUAUGCGGAUCGUGUUGUCGCCUGCCUGGGGAGCGCCUAUUUAGACUGUCAGGAUUAUUGCCGUGACCACGGGGGCGGUGGGGACGUCGAAUGCAUUUAUAAAUGCGGGAAUGGUUGCGGUCCAAAAGAUGGUUACAUAGUUCGAAAUAAUGGAGGCUGUCACAAAAUAGAAGAUUGUCCAGGAGGCGAUAACAGUGAUGACGACGAAGAUCAGCAGGCCGAGAGUGUUCAAGAGACGGAGCCGCCAACAACCACAGUUGAUAUUAGCAAAGGAUAUUUAAACUUAAGAGAAAAUAACAAUGAACUCUUGCUAAAGGCGAUAGUUGAUAUUCCUGAUGAUGGGUCUGGCGUACGACAUGCGGUAGCAAAAACGGUGGAAAAACCGGCGGAAAUACCAGAGAGGAGGUCGAGAAAACAUGGAUGACUUGACUACAAUACAAAAUCUCAACUAUAUAUAUACUAGUUUGUCUUUCAAUAGUAGUCUUCAUCUUUUUGUCCUUUCGUGCACCUCUGCACUUCCAUUGAUACCUGACAAAAUUUAUCUGCAACUUUCCCAUUGCCUGUCAAAUUUGACAAUUAAAAUGUAGAAAUAGUUUCAAGUUAAAGGGAAAACUUAUACUUUGCAAAUUAUUAAUUAAAUGGUUAACACAGCUUCAUCAGUAUCAACAACA